UGCAAGCCCACCGCCCAUCCAAUCGCUUGUCUAUGGGAGGGGAGAAAGGAUGCCUUAAAAGUUGCAUCUGGUGUCGUUGAUCCGCAGACCUGCACAGGAAAACCUAGAACCAGCAAAAUGGUUCAAUGGACAGACUUCGAGCGCGCCACCAUCGCAGACAUCUUCUCCAAGAUCCAGUAUGAGGUGGUGGGCCCUGCAGCUCUUGCCAGGUGUCUGAUCGUCUACCCCUGGACUCAGAGGUAUUUCGGCAACUUUGGAAACCUCUACAACGCCGCUGCAAUCACGGGAAAUCCGAUGGUUACAAAACACGGAACAACUAUCCUCCACGGUCUGGACCGGGCUGUGAAGAACAUGGACGACAUCAAGGCAACCUAUGCCGAGCUGAGCGUGCUGCACUCCGAGAAACUGCACGUGGACCCCGACAAUUUCAAACUCCUGUCCGACUGCCUGACCAUUGUGGUUGCAGCUCACUGCAACCACAAUGGUCAGGCAGUCGGACAGGAGCUGCAACACAACAAGUAUCAGGAAACAUCAGCAACAUCAAAGGUUGGGCGUUUUUAA